CACAAGUUCGUGUGUGGUUCCCCGCAUUCUGCAAUUACCUUCAACACAAUCCUGCACUCCAAUUCUGCGCGUGACCAUAACUCUAUUUGAACGAGCUUGGAGUUGAAAAAAGGCUCAAGGUACUCAAUGAUGCGACCUACAAUCCUUCCAGACUCCGAUGAGGCGAUUACGGAUCAAGACCCAGAGCAAUGGAGGUUGUCCCGGGUCACAGAAGAGACCACCGCAUGCCAGUCAUGUCGGCAUCGAAAGUUAAAGUGCUCUCGUGAAACGCCUUCCUGCUCUCAAUGCUCCCGACUGACGUGCCCUUGCGUGUACGAUAAGAAACGGCAGAAGCCCGGCCUGAAGAACGGCGCGAUCGAGGGUCUCAAUAGACGAAUUGGUGUCUUAGAGAGGCUUAUAGUCAACGGUAGUGGCGAGGAAACGGGGCCAGCGCCCCUGGGAGCUGGAUCCCACGGCUGCAUCUACCAUGCAGCACUCCUUAUCACCAAUUCAAUGGGUGGAGAUAUCGGCGGCCGUAACGGAUGUCUUGACGAAGCAAUGUUGCCCGAUUGCAAUUUAGCAAGAAACCCUUUAACAGAGCUAGGGAAAUCCAACCAUACAACGCUAGAAGCAAAUAGCGCCAAGAGACAGAGAAUCGAUUCGCCGGGUCCUACAUUUGACGAUCAGCUCACAUCAUUACCUUCAGAGCAUAUUUUGGACUUGGUCUUCCAGGUAUAUUUUAUGAAGAUCCAUCCAUGGCUGCCCUGUAUUCAUCAGCCUAGAUUCGAGGCGCGGCUGAAGGAUCCCCAAAACGCGACAAAGUUGACAGUCGUUGUUCAUGCCAUGAUCUGUAUCACAAUGAAACACCUAAAGCUAGACGAUAUCCGGCUAGAGGAGUCAGAGAGAGAUCGGCAGGUUCGAGUAUCUCGCGAUGCAGUCACGCGGAUUGCAAUGACAAGUAUGUCAGUAGAAAGCUUGCAGGCCUUGGUCAUUGUUGCCUCUGAUUAUAUGGGUGAAGGCAGUCUAGUCAGCGCGUGGCCUAUUAUUGGAUCUCUGACAAGGACUGUCGAAUAUCUGCAGCUCACCAUCGAGGUAGAUGAGAAACCGCCGCCAGCGCUUCACGGGGCUCUCAGACUGCUGGGAGAUUCGACGAGUUGGGCCGAGACUGAAGAGAGAAGGAGAGUAUUCUGGAACGUUUUCAUUUUAGACCGGCUAUGUUCUGUCAUCACGGGAUGGAGCACGAGUCUAACAUCCGAAGAUGUUUGCCGCCGACUCCCUAGCGAUGGCAAUAUAUGGGCCAGAGGCGAGCGAGCUAUCACUCCGUAUUUUGGAAUCUGGAAUAAAUCUGCUGCCAAGAUCGGAAACCCAAUCACUUUCCACCAGGCGCUCUCUCCGUUGUCUCCUAACGGCUUUGCGACCAAGCUAACUGAUACAUCUCCCGCGUCAGAGUCCUUGAAUGUAGGCGCAUUUGCAUAUCGAAUCGAGGCAACUGAGUCACUGAGCCAGGUGACCUCGUAUUUCCUACAACAACCAGUCAACUUUCAUAAUAAGCAGGAGGUUCGCAGCUGGUUAACGAGGUUUAAGGAAUUAGAUCUGAGAUUAGUUCACUGGAAAACCUUUCUCCCCCCAAAGUUCAAAGAUUCCAAUAUAUCUCAUGAUCAAGCAGUCGUCACAAUGGAUCCCAACCUGACUUUAGCCCACAUUACUCACAACGCGUCCAUGAUCUUACUGCAUCAGCACAUUGCUUACCCGCCUGCUGAGCUCCGAAAUAUGGUUCGACUUCCUAGCUCUUGCAGCGCCGAGACAUGCCAGCUCGCCGCAGUUGAGACGUCGUCAAUAACCUAUAAAUUUCUCACAUACGGCGGGUCUGAAGUGGCUGUAGCACAGUUCCCUUUCUGUGCGUUUGUUGCUGCCCGAGUAUUACUUGUACACUGGAAAGCUACUGGAAACAGCCUGACUAAUGAGUUCUUUAUUCUACUGGAGAGUUUACGGGAUAUGUCUCGCAGGUGGCAAGGUAAUUUAUCUACGUCUCCUCAUCGUCAGGCGAGCACCGGUGAAAUUGAUCAAGGACACCUUGAUCUUGCUGCGGAAUAUGCUGCCUUGCUCGAAGCAAUGCACGCAAAGAUUCUCAACAAGCCCGACUUGUCGACCGAUAAUCUAUUCCAAUUCAACAUUACCUCAGACCUAAUAGCGGUCAUGGCUCAACCAGUCACGUCACAUCACUCGACUGCUUAUUCAAGCGACACAGCUGAUGGCUGUGGGCUCUCUACAGCUGUGGAUGAAAAUGGUAUCGUUGAUAAAAGCAGCUCCGCUACUACGUGGAGAGCUCCACAAGCAGGAGGUAGCCAUUGUCCUGCCUUAGAUCAAUCGUUUAACAACAUCAACCCAUAUGCCAAAAAUGACGGCAAACAAUCUUACAAUCUACUUUCUCCAGAGACAAUCUCCUCAGUACAUACCUUUUUGGGUAACGAAAAUACGUCAGUAUCUGCCAUGACAGCGCUGACCAACCUGCACCACACUCGAGGUCAGAUGGUCCAGGAACCGAUCGUGGAUCCGAGCAGUAACGGUAACAUCAGUGUAGGAGAUGGAGUGGGCGAAAUCGCCGAGGAUGACUUGGCCGUCAUGUCAAAUGGGCUAUUUGACCAAACGUUUUCUGAAUUAGAUCGAGUUAUCACGCUUGAUGGAACGGAUUUUAACUUUAAUCUAGUUUACUGGAAUAGGAAUGAGUUUAUAUAAGAGGAAGAGUUUGUAUUAAG